AGCGAGGAGAAUUGGCCCAGAUCGCGUGCGCUUCAGCUGAGCACGAGAGUUGGCAACAACAUCAGCUCGCAUUUAGGUCGACGACAAGAAAACACCAUUGAUGUCUUAUCGUAGGCUGUUGUGGAACUGAGAGAAAAAGAGAGAGUGAGAACGAGAAGGGAAGGUUUUCUUUUUUGUUGUUGGAGCAGUGAUGGAAGAACUCACCGCCUUUGUGUCUAAGUCUUUUGAUCAGAAAGUGAAGGAGAAGAAGGAGGUGAUCACGUACAGGGAGGUGCUGGAGACCGGCUCGGCGCGAGGCAGGGACGCGCUGUCCGCGGAGCCGAGCCGAGAGGAGGUGAGCGCCUUGGCGCGAGGAGGCGCGCGCUCCCCGGCCAGAGAGCAGGACAUGCUGGGGCCGGACAGGACGCGGGAUGCGGCGAGCCCCAAACUCCUCGACGGUAACACGGACGUGAAAGAGCGCAAGGAGGACUCGAAGCCCAUGGAGGACGAGUCGCAGACGAAGAUCAAGCAGAGGAGAAGUCGGACCAACUUCACGCUGGAGCAGCUCAACGAGCUGGAGCGCCUCUUCGACGAGACGCACUACCCGGACGCGUUCAUGCGCGAGGAGCUGAGCCAGAGACUGGGCCUGUCCGAGGCGCGCGUGCAGGUUUGGUUUCAGAACCGGAGGGCCAAGUGCAGAAAGCAGGAGAAUCAAUUACACAAAGGGGUGCUAAUCGGAGCUGCGAGUCAGUUCGAGGCGUGUCGCGUGGCGCCAUAUGUCAACGUGGGAGCGCUGCGGAUGCCAUUCCAGCAGGUGCAGGCGCAACUGCAGCUGGACAGCGCCGUGGCCCACGCGCACCACCACCUGCACUCUCACCUGGCGGCGCACGCGCCCUACAUGAUGUUCCCCGCGCCGCCGUUCGGGCUGCCGCUGGCGACGCUCGCGGCCGAGUCUGCGUCCGCGGCCUCGGUGGUGGCGGCGGCGGCGGCGGCCAAAAACACCAACAAGAACUCGAGCAUCGCGGACCUCAGACUGAAGGCGAAGAAACACGCGGCCGCGCUGGGACUGUGACACGCGGGCGACGCAGCGACAGAGAAGCGAAACAACGAUGAUGAUGAUGAUGAUGAUGAUAAUAAUAAUAAUUAAUAAUAAUAAUCUUAAUGAUGAUGAUGAUGAUGAUGAAGAUGAUGAACGAAGCAAAAAGUGUCCAACACUGGCCCAGAGUGAGUCGGCGGCUGGAAGAGCAGCACAAGCGUGAGAGGCUUACGAAGUAGAAGCAAGGACCUUACCGAGUUAUUUCUGCUCGGUUUUACUAUGAAGGACAAUGUAUAGGAGAACUAUAAGCAUAGGGUAUUUAUAAGAAAAAUAAUUAAGACAAACUGUGACAUUCACAAUGACAGUUGGAUCCCGCACAACAAGAAGAGCGACUCAUGCGCUCAAAGAGACUGAGAAAGCGACGCGGGAGAAAAAGAUCAAUUACAAUUACAAUUGUACAAUUGAAUUACAGGAGGAGAGAGAAGUGUGUGUAUGAGUACAGGACGACGCAGCUGGGACGUUCGGCUCUUUGUGUGACAAAGCGAACUAAUCUGCGCACUGUUAUCUUAUUGCAUUGUUAUUAUUGUUGUUAUUGUUAUUAUUCUUAAUUAUUAUUUGAUUUUCAAAACGGAGGCGGGCCUCAUUUUAUUCGGACCUUGUACCAGAGUUUCCUCGCAAAGGAAAGGAAACUGGAUAUUUGUGGAAAAAAGAGACAAUAUAGGAGGUUUCUUCCC